CUUGCCCGCAAAUUCAGCAGCAGCAGCUACCAGCAACAAGCAUUCUCUUCUAGCCUUAGCCUAGCUAGCUAGCUUUGUUGUCUAGCUCUGAUCGAGGUUGGUGGUGAUCAUGGCGUCGUCGAGGGUGAUCCUAGCGCUGCUGCUCGCGGCGGCGGCGGUGAUGGCGUCGUCGGCGCAGCUGGACGAGAAGUUCUACAGCAAUUCGUGCCCCAGCGUGGAGGCCGUCGUCCGGAAGGAGAUGGUGCGCGCGCUCGGCGCCGCGCCCAGCCUCGCCGGCCCGCUCCUCAGGAUGCACUUCCACGACUGCUUCGUCAGGGGUUGCGACGGCUCGGUGCUGCUCGACUCGGCCGGGAACAGCACGGCGGAGAAGGACGCGACGCCGAACCAGACGCUGCGCGGGUUCGGCUUCGUCGAGAGGGUGAAGGCCGCCGUGGAGAAGGCAUGCCCGGGCACCGUCUCCUGCGCCGACGUGCUCGCGCUCAUGGCCAGGGACGCCGUGUGGCUGAGCAAGGGCCCGUUCUGGGCGGUGCCUCUCGGCCGCCGCGACGGCAGGGUGUCCAUCGCCAACGAGACCGACCAGCUGCCGCCUCCCACCGCCAACUUCACCGAGCUCACCCAGAUGUUCGCCGCCAAGAACCUCGACCUCAAGGACCUCGUCGUCCUCUCCGCUGGGCACACGAUCGGGACGUCGCACUGCUUCUCCUUCACUGACAGGCUGUACAACUUCACCGGCCUGGACAACGCCCACGACAUCGACCCGACGCUGGAGCUGCAGUACAUGGCGAGGCUGAGGAGCAAGUGCACGAGCCUCCAAGACAACACGACGCUGGUGGAGAUGGACCCGGGGAGCUUCAAGACGUUCGACCUGGGGUACUUCAAGAACGUGGCCAAGCGGCGGGGGCUCUUCCACUCCGACGGCGAGCUGCUCACCAACGGCUUCACCCGCGCCUACGUGCAGCGCCACGCCGGCGGCGGCUACAAGGACGAGUUCUUCGCCGACUUCGCCGCCUCCAUGGUCAAGAUGGGCGGCGUCGAAGUGCUCACCGGCAGCCAGGGCGAGAUCAGGAAGAAGUGCAACGUGGUUAACUAAUCAUCUCUCUUAAUUAUCGUCAUAUAUCAUCAGCUGCUCGCCGAGACUGUGAUUAUGGAUUUCAGCUUUUGAUUCCGGCCGUGACCAUCUUAUAAUUAAUUUCCAUGUAGAUCAUUAUCGUAAGAUUUACCUGUCCCUUCUUUUUUUUUCUUGAUUUCAAUCACUUCAUUAAUUAAUUGUUUUGUUUAUAUAGCGAGCCAUGCAUGUAUGUAACAAAGUUUUCUCCAAGUACGUGCUCAUCAUGAUCAUAUGAAUAAACUUCAUUUUUUUUCA